AUGUCUUAAUAAUUUUAGAGUCAAUCUAUGUCCAUAUUGGGAUAUGUGCCUGCUUUGGUAGUGCAGCAUCUUUUGAAUCUAAAAAUGAAUAAAUUGUUGAGAAAAUUACCAGAGAAGUAGAGAAUAAGAAGUGUUGUGAUGUUUGCAGAUAUAUCUGGAUUUACGCGAUUAACAGAACUAUUAAGUUAAUUGGGAACUGAAGGGGCGGAGCGAAUAGCAUUUGCAAUUAAUCGCUAUAUGGAAUUAUUGGUUUAAGGAAUUGGAAGAAGUGGUGGUGAUAUUUUCAAAUUCGCAGGAGAUGCUAUGAUUGUUAUCUGGCCUCCUCCUCCAAAUGAUCAAAACUUUCAGCAGAAUUUAGAAACUCUGCUUAAAUAAGCCAUUUAGUCCGCAUUGUUAAUAUAAGAAAAAUUAACAAAAGCAUAGAUCGAAUAAGGCAUAUAACUAAGUGUAAAGAUCGGGUUCGGAGUAGGAGAAAUGAACAUAAUACACGUCGGAGGUGUUUUCAAUAGAAUGGAGUAUUUGGCAACUGGAGACCCUUUGAUCUAGGCAUUUCAUUCUGAACACUGUUUAACUGAGGGUGGAAAAAUCAUCAUCUCUUAGUAGAUUUAUGAUAUGAUUAACAAUUUCUUCGAAUGUUAGAAGGUAGUUGAUCAUGAAGGACACUACGAAGUCAUCAAAUUAUAAUAAGCCAAAGUUAAGAUGAAGGCAGAUGCACUUUUAAUCAAAAAUAAUAUCACCUUAUCAUAAUUCCAAAUGAUUAGAAAUGAGAUACAAUCUUACAUCCCUGCUGCUCUUCUGCCUUAUAUUGAUAUAAAUGAAGAAGCAUGGAGUGCUGAAUUGAGGAGAUUGUCUAUAAUGUUUGUAAACUUAAAAAUGGAUUUGAAUUCUGCAAAAAAUGCUUAGGGAUUGGAAUAAAUUUAAAGAGUCAUUAAAACUGUAUAAAAAUGUAUUUAUAUGCAUGAAGGAUCAUUAAAUAAGCUAUUAAUGGAUGAUAAGGGUUCAACUUUAAUUGUUGUUUUUGGUCUUCCUCCUCUUAGUCACUAAAAUGAUCCUGUCAGAGCUAUCUUAACAGCAUAAUUGAUGAACAAAGAAUUGCCAAAGAUUAAUUGUGGCUGCUCUAUUGGAAUUGUUACAGGCACUGUAUUUGCAGGAGUAGUUGGUACAAGUGGUUCAAGAAGAGAAUACUCUGUUCUUGGUGACUCUGUAAAUCUUGCAGCUAGAUUGAUGCAGGCAGCUUGUUCAGAGACAACUCACAAAAUUCUUAUGUGUUUAGAAACUGCAAAGAGUGCUGGAAAUUGUAUAAGCACUGCCUUUUUGAGAUAAACUUAAGUUAAAGGCAAGAAUGCACCUGUUCAUAUUUAUGUGCCUCUUGAUAAAUUAGUGGAACCAACACAGGGUAAUUUGUUACCCAAUUUCAAAACUCAUAACUAUGCAUAUGGAUUUGCGAAGAAAUCAGAUUUUAUUGCUGUUUAAUUAUUUGGAAGGGAGGAAUAGCAUAAAAAGUUAUUGAAUCAAAUUGAUAAGGUGAUUAAAGGAGUUGACAAGAAGAGUUUGAUAAUUCUAAAAGGAACCUAUGGAUGUGGAAAAAGUAUUCUGGCUAAGAAGGUGUUGCAUAGAGUGUAGGAGAAGAUCAAUUCCAAUUAGUACAGUCCAUGGAAGUAUGGUGAGUAUCCACAUCUCCUUGUUUAAUAAUUGGAUCCCAUAACAAGGACAUUCAAAUUAAAUGGACUAAGGAGUAUUUUGAAAUAAAUCUUUUUAUUGUAUGCAAAAAGAGUAGAGAAGCCACCAAACAUGGAAUUAUUCAAUAUGAUGGUGGAUGUUAAUAUUCACCCACAGAAUAUGAUUUUAAUGUUAUAGGAGAUAGUGGGUUUGAAUGAUAAUAGACAUUUAGAGAAGUUCCCAGCAAGAUAACAAGAAGAGGACAAAGAAAUUGAAAUCAAAAGAAUUGUGUUUCAAUUUUUAAGCAAUUUCUUUGAGUAAAUCCCCAGCAAAUUCUCUGAAUUGUAUGAAGGAAGAUCUCCAGAUCAAAUUGGAUGGGAUGUUAUGAAGUCAUCUGUUCAAAGAUAAAUUAAUUAUUCUAUUAAAUACACCAAUAUAAUAGCACCUGUUGUUUUAUGUUUAGAUGAUAUUUAGAAUUAUGAUUAAAUUUCAUUUCAAAUAUUGAGAUAAAUGGUUAAAACAUAUGAUAGACUUACAAUUUUGGCAUUGUACAGAGAUUCAUUUCAAGAGAUGAUUAUCUAGCCAAAAGUGGCAGAGAAAAGGAAGUCUCAAGAGGAUAUUGCUAUUGAAGGUAUAACAGCAUUAGAGGAUAGAAUGGAUGGAAAUCCUUUUAUAUUGAUGCAAUUAAGAGGAGUGGAAAGAAAAGGAGGUGUAGACGAUGAAUUUGCUAAGAUGAUAAGAUUUUCAUUCAACAUCCAGAAGUUUACACCAGAGUAGGAAUGUAGACAAAGUAUUGGUGAAGGUAGCAUAAGAAAAAGAAAUACUUCUUCAAUUCAUGAUGUUGUUAUACAAGAGAAUUAAUCAAGAGAAAUUAAUAAUUAAUUUCUAUUUUGUGAGAACAAAUAGAAACUAAUAAAAACUGAUGUUGAGUUAUUGUUUAUGUAAUGGAUUUAUAUGAAAACUGGUGGGAAUCCAUUAAUGGUUUUGAACUUUGUUUAAAAUUUGAUUGAUUUGGAUUUGAUUAGACUAAGUCCAAAGAAUGCUACCAUAACAAAUGAAUUAGUUAAUCUAAUUAAUUAUGAAGAAAGUAUCAUAGUAGAUGCCCCUUAUUGUAGAAUUGAAGUAAAUGGUCCAAUCAUUGAUAAGUUAUCCUGUUUAGAAUAGCUAUUACUGAAAUCAGCUAGUGUCAUUGGAGAUAUAUUUGAUAUCUAAUUGUUGAAUAAGACUUAUCCAUUCAAAAAUGCAGUCAACAAUAAAUUGUAAAAGUUUUUGGAUGAAUUAGAGGCAAAAGAGGUAAUUGAAGUCAUGGAAGUUAGAGAAUAAAAUAUCUUCUAUCGUUUUACAUGUCCCUUCAUGAGGGAUUGUCUGUACUAGAGGAUUACAUUUAAAUAAAGAAGAUAAUUACAUAAAGCUGUAGCUGAGGCCAUUUAACAAUUGCCUUUACCAUUUGAAACUGAAGAAUUAGUGGAAUGCAAGAAACUGCAAUUCUAAUGGUUGAUGGCAGAAUCUAAUGCUUAUCAACAGAUUAACUUUGAAAAUAAUGAUGAUAAUAAGUCUAAUUCCAAACCCAACUUUUUGGUAAAUCUAAUUAAUCCCAAAUGUACAUAAGACACACAAAAAUUUUAGAAUAUGUCAAGUAAAGCACUGAAAUCCAUCAUUUUAAAAUAAAUUGGAAAUAAGUUCAAUAGAUCCUAAAACCAUGCAAAUAUUAUUUUGAGAGGAGGAGUCUUGAUUAAGAAAUCCAAAAAUAGAGUAUCCUCAGUUCCCAGGUAUGUGAUUCUGGAUGGAAAAGAACUCAAGUUGUAUUAGAAUAGACAAGACUCUCUCAAUUGCGAAUUACCCUUAUGCUCAAUUCCAUUAAAGAGUAUAUACUCAGUCAUGGCUUUGGAAAGUGAAAAGAACUUCACUCUAUAAAUUGGAUCAACCUAUUGGUAUAAGAAUUUGAAAGAAAUGGGAGAUAGAAAGUUCUUAUUUGAUGCUAAGGAUAAUGAAGAUUUAUAAUUAUGGACAAUCUAUUUGGAAUUCGCCAAGGCUCUUGCCAUUUAUGAGGAUUUUACAAAUAACUAUGGUAAAAUUUGCUUUCCCAUAUCUAACCAAUAUGAAUAGUAUGAUUCACAAUUUAAAUAUGACAUAAGAAUUGAAAAUAAAUCGAUUCGAGGAAUUUAAAUAGAAAAAACACAAAAAAAUAAUAAGGAAUCAAUUAUCUAAAGAAAUAGCAGACGCUCCAAUAGACACUCGAAAUUUACUGUUUCAAGUAAACAAUUUAAGUUUAUGGAAAAGAAUUCGACUGAUGAAUUGUAAAUUUAGAGUGCUUAAGUAGUGGAUAUGCAAUUAUUAAAAGAAAGAGUCAAUUUGUUUUUGUAAAAAGGUAUUUUGCUCUUGUUUUCUCAUUUAUUUGAACAAUCAAUACAAAAGGCAGACGAUUUCAAAAUAUUGGGGAAUACUAGCAUUGCGAUGAGAAAAUUGAAUAACGUAUUUAAAAUAGAUAAGCAAUUGAUUAAUGAACACAAUAAAAAAUCAAGUGCUUUUUUGCAGCAACAAUAAAUAAUGAUGGAGGACAAACAAGAAACAAAGUUAUAGGAUAAUUGGGAAAUAGUAAUUUAGAAGGUAGAAAUGGAUAAUGAUUUAACGAAUAAUCAAAAUUUAAAUUAAAUGUUAGAAGAGAAAAUAGAGAAGACGGAUAUGAUUUUUGAGUUAGAGAGAAAAAGUUCUUAAGAUCAAGAAAAAUUGUCGGAAUUAGAAAAUGAUGAUUAGACACCCAAAUUAAAUUUAUAAGUGAAAUCAUUUAAAGAUUUAAAGGAAAACAUAGAUGAAGAGGAAGUAGACAACUUCUAAUUGGAUGAGAGUGCGUUAAGAAAACAAUAGCAUUUAAGAAUACAAAGACUAUAAAAUUUUAAAGGCUCUUUUGGAAAUGAUUCAUUUCAAAAAAUGCAUUCCGAAAGUGUAUUACGAUCUUCACCUUUGAUGAAAUAAGAAGAUACUUUAACCGAAGUGUUGGCCACUCAAUCUUAAACUGAAAAUUCAAAAAGAGAAUCUACAGACUUAUAUUAAUCAACUUAACAGCCUCCUUAAUUGUUAACUAAGAUAUCGGAGAAAGAAUCAAUUACGGAUGCUUCGUGUUAAGUAAGUCGGCAUUUAUCUAUUUGUUAAGUGGAUAAGAUAAUUCCAGUAAGUAAUAAUUAAAGAUCCAGAUAGACUAGCAAUAUCAAUAAUUAAUAAAAUAGGUCUCCUCCUCAUACAUAAAAAUCAUUGACCCCCACAAAUCACUCAUAAAAAAAUACUUAAUUUAACCUAUUAGACGAAUGCAAAUCUAAAGCAAAAAGAGAUUCUUAAUUAUCAUCUUAAUUGAAUUCAGGCAGAAAUAAGCCUGCUCAUUUGCUAACAAAUUAUAUCAAUUCCUAGAAAACCUUUUCUAAAUAAAAUAAUAUUGUUUAUGGCACAGCAAUUAAUAAUUGUAAGCCAAUAACAGGCGAUAAUUUUAUUCUAAAACCUGGGUAUAAGGUGAUAGUUUAAAGGAUUGACAAGUAAGCACAAUUGAUAGAAUGUUUGUACGAAAAUUUAAUUGGAAUUUUCAGAUUGAGAGACAUUGCUGUUAUUGAAGAUCCUACUAUUGAGUAAAAAAUAGAAAUAACAUCAUUAUUAUCAAAGUAGCCAAGCAAAAGUCCUUUAAAAAAAUAAUUAUAAUCCAACAGACCUAAACCGUUCCUAACUCCUACUAAAAAAAAUUGA